AGAUUUGACCCAUGCUAGUGACUCAUCUACAAUACGGCUACAAGCGCGCCUGUCUUGUUUUGGAGUUGUUUAACAAUUUUAAAAACAAAUUAGAAUGCUUUUACGAAGUAAUUUAGUGUUAAUUUUUACUGUAAUUACAAUUAGUUUGCUAUGUGAAUAUGCACAAGCGAAGCGUGGACGUUACAGGUAUAACCAUCCACCAUCAAUAGAAUCAACUGAGAAUGUACCAGUGGCUGUAAUUUAUGAUAGUGAAGAUUUUCGUGAAGACAAAUCCAUAAAACUUUCGGCAAACUUCCAAACAUCAAGAGAUGAUCCUAUCACUCCCAAGAAUAUAAAACAGAAUGCGGUUAAGACACCGGAAAUCAAUGCCGAUGUACCAAAACAAGUAGAGAGAGUUGAGCAGAAAAAAAGUCAAAGCAAAUCUUUAACAACAGACAACGAAAGAAGUCUACAGAUACCAGUUAGUGUUGUAUAUGAAUCAGAACCUAGCAAGAAGGAGAAUGUUCAAAGUACCGGCGCCUCGAUUGUAAGAAGAAGACCAACCGGAAGACGUCUAUCAAAAUCAGAUGUAUAUAGAAAACCUCAAGACAACAUUGUAACUGAUAAAAAUAAACAAAGUGAAGAGAAAAACAUUGUCAAUAAUUUCGGUAUAUCGACGAUUCCAACACCUACUACAGAAAAUUAUAAGAAUACGGCUGUUAAAGAUCAAAGCCAAGUAAAAAUAGUAAAACGAAAACGGACUCGAGACCCUGUAGUACCAAUUGUAACUGAAAGGAACGUCGUGUAUGCACAUAGCGGUAACUUUCAUUAUAGCUUCGAAGGCGGUGAUGGCACGAAAGUAUUUGAGGACGGCUCACUAAAAUCAAUAAAUGACGAGACUGGUGAGGUUGUGUCUGGUGGUUUCUCAUACCAAGAUAAAGACGGCAACGAUAUCAGUUUAUCAUACACCGCAGAUGAAAACGGCUACAGACCAAUUGGUGCCCACCUGCCUACGCCUCCACCAAUUCCACCAGAGAUCGCACGCGCCUUAGCCUAUUUAGCUACAAAAUCGACCCCACAACCCAUUACAGAACGUACAAGAAAAUUCGACUAGUCUAAAAUGUUACUUGUUCUAAAUUAUUAAAGUAGGUGUUAGUAAUCAAAAUCUUUUUUUCUAACGUAUAUUCUUUUCCCUUAGCCGGUUUAAAUAUAUUUUAUGUU